AUGUCGCUCAACUCAUAUCUCAACAAGAAAGUAUGCAUCAUAACCGUGGACGGCCGGACGCUAACGGGUACCCUUGUAUCCUGCGACCAAGUCACGAACGUGGUGCUCAAGGACACCAUUGAGCGCAUUAUCCGGCCCACAGAUGACGAGGAGCCUUCCAUUGAGCAGCCUCAUGGCUUGUAUCUCGUACGUGGCGACAAUGUUGUCAUUUGCGGUCUCGUAGACGAGGAGCUGGACAACAGUAUCGAUUGGACGAAGGUUCGAGGAGAGGUCAUUGGGAGCACCAAGCAUGUUUAG